GGACCACGCUUGGAGAACCGCUACACUAGGGCAAGCAGGAAGAGAGUCCUCCUUCUGGACUGAAGCAGGCAGUGUGAAGACCCAUGUGGAGCGCCUUAAACCGCAGCCUCUCUGACCAUCCAGUUGGCAAAGACCCGCAGGCCAUGAGGACUGGCCAAAGACAGUGAGAGGACGUGCAAGGGUAAAUUCCUGAGCCCCGCAGUCUUAUUUCCUGCCCUGACGUCCCUGCAAACCAGCCCAAGGGUUAACCGUAAGCGGAUGCCUGUAUGGCGGCCUUACUGAUGCCACGCAGGAACAAAGGGAUGAGGACUCGACUGGGAUGCCUGUCUCACAAGUCAGACUCGUGUAGUGAUUUCACAGCUAUUCUUCCAGACAAACCCAACCGCGCUCUCAAGAGAUUAUCCACAGAAGAAGCUACGAGGUGGGCAGAUUCCUUUGAUGUACUUCUCUCUCAUAAGUAUGGGGUGGCUGCAUUCCGUGCUUUCUUGAAGACGGAGUUCAGUGAGGAGAACCUGGAGUUCUGGUUGGCCUGUGAGGAGUUCAAGAAGACCAGGUCAACUGCAAAACUGGUCUCCAAGGCCCAUAGGAUCUUUGAGGAGUUUGUGGAUGUGCAGGCUCCACGGGAGGUAAACAUAGACUUCCAGACCCGAGAAGCCACGAGGAAGAACAUGCAGGAGCCGUCCCUGACUUGCUUUGACCAAGCCCAGGGAAAAGUACACAGCCUCAUGGAGAAAGACUCUUACCCCAGGUUCCUGAGGUCCAAAAUGUACUUAGAUCUGCUGUCCCAAAGCCAGAGGAGGCUCAGUUAGACCUCAGAAGGGGACUCCUGGAAAUCACUGGCUUUCCCCUCCGCUUGCUGCCAUGAUCAUACUCUAAUGUGAAAUGUCAUAGGUGUUCAAAAGUGGUGGUGUUCGGAGUGGGAGGCUGAGGGUGAGGAGGGAAUGAAGGGCCGUUCCAAAGUGUGACCCAGCUGCUAGAGCUUGGACUCUAUUCCAUUUACCCACAUUUGUGUUUCGGUUAGUGGUAGCGCCUUGCCGCUGUCAGCCUUUUCUGAGUCAGCAACUUGCCCUUCAUAAUGCCUUGGGUCACCUCCGCUGAGGGGCAGAUUCGCUGUGCUAGGCUAAUCUGUAAAUAACGCAAAUGCGAUUCCCACCACCUGUGCACCCUCCUCUGUUAGGAUUCCUGACUCUCCACUUGUAAAUACCCGGGAGGAACAGCUGAAUGACUUGGUCUCACCUCUGAUUUGCUGUCACGUUGUUGUGGCCAGCCCUGCUGACUAGGACCUCACAGCUUAGGAGAGAGGUUUCUGUGGGAUCCCAGGUUUCUAGUGCUGUCGUUGACAGGCGACCUCUCGGAGAAGGAGUGAAACCCAUGGAGUUGUUUGUUUCUUCCAUUUCCAUUGGACCGGUGUGAAAAAUUGUGACCACUUCCCAUCUUGGCCUAGGAAAUUCACAAGACUACCGUACCCUUACAUUGUCAUAAAGAGCCUUAGGAGAUGGUCUUCAUGAGUUUUGAAGUGGAACUGCCAUUAAGAAAGAUAGAGCUUGCAAAUCUUCCUCAAUUCUACCAAGAACUUUUCCAGAAGUCGAGAGACCAGGGAACGUAGCCCCAGUAGACUUCUAUUCGGAGGGGUACUGUGUAACCUGUCUGUUGCUCAGUGUCUUCUCUAC